GCGUGGCCGUGGCUGUGUUCGAACGGUGUCUCGGGAAAGAGCGAUCGCGUGAACAGCCCAGCGGCGAGGAAGGAGGACUUUUCACGUCGGUUCAGUGAGCUGACGCACUUCGAACGACGCUCGUCGGCAACGGUGCGGUGCGAUCCGAUCCGAUCCGAUCCGAUCCCAUCCGAUUCGAUCCGAAUCGAGCCGCAACGUCCAAAAAUGGCGUUUCUCGCGGUUCUCGCGUAGAGCUCGCCGCAACACCAUCGAACGAUCGUGUGUCCUCUCGACAUCGUGCCAGCGGCCACGACACGAGCACAGGCGACUCGGUGCGAAAGGGAAUCGUCGCUCCAGCCGGGCUGCUAUUUCCGAUCUACGACCUACGACUACGACCUACGACCUGCGAUCCUUGAACAUCGUGCAGAGCCGCUUCGUUCCCAAGAGGCUCGCUCAGCGGAGAAACCACCGACGAAAAUCGAGAAGGGGAUCAGACCGAGAAUGGAACCGACCGAGCAAUUACGACCGGAGCAGCUUGUGGGCCUGGUGGCCCGGUCCGCGGAGGGCACAGCGGCGAAAGGGAUGCCGAUCAAAGGGCACGAGGACCUCUGGGUGGAGAUCCAAGCGAACACGUUCAGGAAUUGGGUGAACGAGCACUUGAAGCACGCGGCGGACGCCGCCGACGGGCCGGUGAUCGAUCUCGCGGAGGAUUUUCGGGACGGCACGCGGCUCUGUGCCCUCGUCGAGGUACUGACCAAGCGGCGGCUGCCCAGGUGGAACCCAAGGCCAGCGAAUCAACACCACCAUCUGGAGAAUGUGUCGACGGCGCUGCAAGCCAUCGAGGCUGACGGAGUGAAGCUCGUCAAUAUCGGCAACGUGGACAUCGUGAAUGGAAAUUUGAAGCUUAUCCUCGGCCUGAUAUGGUCGCUCAUCGUCAGAUACCAAAUAGGCAAGUCCAAGUUCCCUCCAAGGAAACUCAUGCUCGCAUGGCUCAAGGCUGUCCUACCGGAGUGCAGAGUAAACAAUUUCACGACGGACUGGAACUCGGGCGUCUACCUGAGCGCGUUGCUCGAUUAUUGCCAGCCGGGCCUGUUCCUUCACUGGCGGCAGCUAGAUCCAACCGAUAGCGUGUACAAUUGCCGGAAAGCCAUGGAGAUCGCGAAACGCGACUUCGAUAUACCGAUGGUACUCGAACCAGAGUACCUUGCGUCUCCAUAUUUGGACGAACUAUCGGGAAUGACCUACUUGUCCUACUUCAUGAAGGAAGGCUCGCCCGGUUUUGAUGCCACGUUACGGUGGGUCAACUCCCAGUCGCUUCGUCACACCGUGCAGAAUUUCACGACCGAUUGGAACGACGGCAGAGUCCUCUGCGGGGUCGUGAGAAAUUUGGGCGGACCGGCCCCGGCUUACGAGAAGAUCGAUCCUGACCCCGCCGCAUGGGAGCACAAUAUCCAAAUGGGUAUCGACGGAGGCAAGAAACUAGGCGUGGAGCCGAUCCUCAAGGCGAAAGAUAUGGCGGAUCAGAACGUGGAACAUUUAGGCGUGAUGGCGUACGCGGCAUACUUUCAGUGGGUGAAGCCUCGCCCUCAGGCCAGCAAACAAAUACUCGUCCACGUGGACAGCACAUCCGCCAGAGUGCAACAACCGGCGCAUUUCAAGCUGGAGUUGCUUACCAAAGAAGCGAACACGAGGGAGGUGCGCGGCGAAGUGAUUGCUCCCAGCGGACGAAUCGAGUGCAGGCUCGCGUGGAACGGAAUCCACGGGAAGGGAACCUUCGUCCCUACGGAAAUUGGGAUGCACAAGCUGAUGGUGUACAACGACGCCGAGUUGGUCGACGGAUGCCCCUAUUACUUUCGAGUUUUACCUUCCCUGACUAAAAUCAAAGCGUCCGGCAUGGACCCUUGCGCCAUAGGAUCCAUCGUCGAGGUUCUAGUCAACAGUUACGGAACUAGUCAUGACGGCAUCGAUGUGACCGCGUGGUCGCCGACCGGCAGAUCCCUGGCGUGUCCAGUGAAAGAGAACGACGGUGUGCAUACCGCGACCUUUCAACCGGACGAGACAGGCGAAUGGAGCAUCGCGAUAACUCACAAAGGAAACCAUAUCCAAGGCGGACCUUUCACCUGCUUCGUGUUCGAUCCGAACGGCAUACAGCUGAUCGACGCGGACGGCGCCUCCCCGGGUCAACCGUUCUCGUUUAUCGUGGACGCGACGGGAACCGGUGGUCUAGGCGACGUGAUCGUAGACCUCGUCCACGACAAGCAGUCUAUACCGUUCAGGAUGGAAGAUUACGGUCAUAUGAGGUACCGAGUAUCCUUCGUACCAGCCGAUUCCGGGAAGUACAGAGUCUACGUCUAUUUCAACGGCUCGGACGUGCGAGGCUCGCCGUUCUCCAUCCGAGUGGGAACGCAGAGAGGAUCGAGGAGAUCGAAGGAGUCGACGGCGAGCCUCGACAGAUCGAAACUGUCCUCUCUGGAGAGACGGAUGAACGGUCUGAACGUGUCCGUUGGACUGGAUCGGGCGAGUCCUAUACAGAAAACCUACUACAAGUCUCCCAGUCCUACCCAGCACGCUCGCGACUACUCCCCCUUGCAACAGACUGCCUCGAGCUACAAGACUACGACGACGAGCAACUACUCGAUGGAAAACUCGAGCUCGACGUACCAUCACGCGUCUACGUCGUUGGACCGCACCCAAUCGCCGAGUCAGAAUCAGAACGAAAAUCAGAAUCAGAACCAGGAUCAUAAUCAAAACCAGGGUCACCGUCUCAGCCCGAUCACUCGGAAUCUUCACAGUCCCUCCACCACGAUCAAAGAGACGAGGGAGACCUACUCGAGCAGCGUCUACAACCGAUCUAGGUCCCCCACCGUGCAGAGCCCCAGUCCGAAAGAGUCGAAGGACGCAUUGUAUUCGACGACUGCGGUGAACAGAACUCGUUCUCCUAAUCCGAGUCCAACGGCCCACUGCUCGAGGUACUCCCCUUCGUUCAAAGAGUCCCGAGACAUCUACAAUUCCGGCUCCUUGAAGAGGUCCAGGUCGCCGAAUCGCAGCCCCAUGGCGUUCCGCAGCGCGACGCAGAGUCCUGUCAACAGAAGCUUCAGUCCGAGGAGCAACGAGAGAGACAACGGAUUCGGGGUUGGACUGGGCUUCGGGUUCGGCAGGAGAGGUUCCACGGAGAACAACGGAGCGAUCGACACGAGCAGCAACGUGAGAGUGUCGUCGAUGGUUUGCGGAACAUCUAGGCGCGACUCUUGGGACGCCAUCGAGAAAACCAAAUCGUUGCUGUCCUACGGCAGUCUGGAGUCCUUGGCGAAUCUGACCAAGAACGCGGCCACGGCCACGACCGAGACCGCGAACAACCAUAGCUACUUGAACAACAACUACAAAAAUACUCAGAGCCGGAACAGCGCGUCGUCGCACGCUCAUGCCACCGGCUUCUCGAACUCGUCGUCGACCCAGAAAUACGGCAACGAGAACCAGCACUCGCGCACCCAGACCCAGGGGAUCUUGAAGAAUAAAAACAACAUCCAUUACAAGAGCACGGACACCACCGACGGCCCGCACGAUCGAUAUCUGAACAACGGAGUUCCCGAAUAUGCGAGCACGCAGAACAAAAGCUCCGUCCUCGUCACCGGAAACGCCCUCGAAAUGCUUCCGAUUCACAGACCGACCACGUUCGUCGUCGACUCGAGCGUGGACCCGAACAAAGUCACGGUCAGCGUUUCGGGCCCGAGCGGAAAGAUAAUUCCCGUGCAAAGGUCGACUCUCCGCGGUUUAACGUACGCGGUAACGGCCGAGGAGGUUGGCGAGCACACGAUUCAGAUAUUGGUAAACGGCCAGCAGGUUCCAGGAUCUCCGUUCAGAUCGCAAGCUUACAACGCGCGCGCCAUCCAAAUCGGGAACAUUCCGAAUGGCGUUGUCAAUCAGCCCGUGGAAUUUGAGAUCGACGGUUCCAGGGCUGGAUCCGGGAACUUGGAGAUUCUCGUGAACGGUGGCCAUGUGACGAGUUUCGUGAGAGCGUUGGGCAGCCAACGAUUCCUGGCAUCGUUCGUGCCCCACGAGGCUGUUGUGCACCUGGUAGAGAUGACGUUCAACGGCGAGGUCGUCCCCGGAUCGCCUUGGCGAGUGGGCAUCAUGCCAGCUCCAAAAAUGUCAGUGAUCGGGGAGUCCAUAAGAUUGGUUCCUGCUGGUAGUCCAGCAUUGUUCGAACUGUCUGCCCUCGGUUUUAACAGUAAUGAAAUAGACGUCCAAAUUAUUACUCCUUCUAAAAGGCAUUUGCCAGCAAGGAUAGAAGAAGAGCCUGGACGUUCGGGAGAGUUUCGUGUAGAAUUCACUCCAACCGAAGUGGGCAGCCACCUGGUAGAAGUCAGCAUCGCAGGACAAAAGCUACCGGCAGGACCUCUUGUCGCCAAGGUGUACAAUAGCAGUUUAAUCCAAGUUACCGAUGUACCCAGUGCUGUGGUGGGACAUGCCUGCCAAUUUAGAGUUGACGCUAGCGCGGCUGGCGAGGGACAGCUCGAAAUUUCUAUAAACGAGGGAGAAGUGCCUAAUCAUGUUCAAGUGGUGGGAGGAGGACGUUGUCUUGUCUCCUUCACUCCCGAGAUCGCUAAAUCGCAUUACAUAGACAUCAAAUUCAAUGGAGAAGCAGUAAAAGGAUGCCCAUUUAUUUGCAACGUGUCCGACACGAGCAGAGUAACGUUAAGUUUAAAUCAUCUGGAGUUAGUUCCAGUCGAUCAGCCUGCCUGCUUCCACAUGGGAGUCGAUGGCAGUGGCAGCGCGGAACUCGCCGUUUCUGUAAGAGGACCAAACAACGAAUUGCCUGUUAAAGUAACGGGUGACAUAAAAAGCGGUUUCACGGCGGAAUUUAUUCCUAGAGACGUUGGCGUUCAUUCGAUCAGCGUCGAAUAUAAUGGACAUCCAGUAAAUGGCACACCAUUCCUAGCCAAAGCGUUCAAUGCCGAUAAAGUAUUAAUCGGUCCCGUAGCCAGGGGCAGCGUCGGCCAGCCAACGCACUUUACCGUCGAUGCGAGUCAAGCCGGCGAAGGAAAUUUGGAAAUUACGAUAUCUGCUCGCAAUCAAAAUAUUCCCACGCAAGUGACGCCGCAGGGAAAUGCUCGAUUUUCGGUCAGCUUUGUCCCGUUUGAGGCAUGCGAACACGUAAUUAAUAUAGCCUUCAAUAAACGAACUGUGCCAGGCUGCCCGAUCGUAACUCGGGUAGGUGGUGAUAGUCAUGUAACAGUGAGUGGGCAGGCAUUGAGCAGUGCUGGAUUAGGACGACAAAGCUAUCUUACCGUUAGUAACGUUGCCGGUAGCUUAGAGGAUUUAGAAGUGAACGUUGAAGGACCCAAUGGACAGGCCGUACCAGCUCAAGUCACUGACAACAAAGAUACAACGUGCAGCGUGGCGUUUACGCCAAGAGUAGUCGGGGAACAUAGAAUUUCAGUAAGCCAUCGGAAUGUUCCUGUGGUCGGCAGCCCGUUCAGCUGCAAAGUCUAUGACGUCACUGCUAUCAAAGUGAAGGAUGCUAAACACGGUGUCAUUGGAAUGCCUGUAACUUUCUUAGUUGAAACUAGUCAAGCGGGGCCAGGAAACUUAGAGGUGACGGUGAACGGUGGUCGCGUGCCUACGUCUGCUCAAGCUCAGGGUCCACACACGUACGCGAUAUCUUUCACGCCUAGAGAACCCAUCGUGCACACCGUGGACUUGCGGUUCAACGGGGAAGACGUACCUGGUAGUCCUUUUAGUUGUCAGGUCAGCGACACGGCAAAAGUAAUAGUGACCGAAGGACUGGAGAAAGUAUCUGUAAAUCGUCUGACAACGUUUACAAUAGAAGCGGACUCCACGUUCGGAACACCCGCUGUAGAAGUUCUUUCACCCACAAGAGAGAGUUUACCAGUUCACGUGAAGCCGAGUGGUCAUGGAUGUUACACCGCAGGCUUCACUCCGAAGGAUGUUGGUGAUCAUAGCGUCGAGGUAAAAUUGAGUGGAUCGCACGUGGAAGGUAGUCCAUUUUUAGUAAAAGCUUACAACGCGGACAAGGUAAAGGUGACGGAUAUAAAUAGCGGUGUUGUCGGGAAACCAGUUUUCUUUAGCAUUAACGCCAGUCAAGCAGGUGCUGGUAAUCUCGAGAUCAUUGUUGCCGUAAAUGGUAAAAAUGUCCCGAAUUAUGUUCAAAGCGAAGGAAACGCAAAGUUCAGAGUUAAUUUCAAGCCACAGGAAGCUGCUGUUCAUAGUCUUAGCGUUCGUUUUAACGGGGAACCAGUUCCAGGUUCACCAUUCAGCUGUAAAGUAGUUGGGGCUGGUCAAGCAAUAAUUGCUGGUCACAAUUUAAAAAUGGGAGCCGUUAAACAGUUGAUGUCUUUCACGGUGGACCCACAAGCUCCGUCAAUGAACUGCGACGUGAUCGUAAUGCCGCCGUCUGGUAUAUCCCUUCCUAUCACGAUAGAACCCGUCGAUGGGAAAUACAACAUUAGUUUUGUACCUACGGAAGUGGGUAGACAUAACAUCAGCGUGUUGGUAGAUUCUGAGCACGUGAAAGGAUCUCCUUUCGCGUGUAACGUUUAUGAUGUUACCAAGGUUCAUGUCUCUGGACUUUCGGAAGCACUGUUAGGUCAAGCAACUACCUUUACGGUGGACGCUGCGGAAGCUGGUGAAGGAACGCUGGAAUUGGUAGUGAGUACGGAGAAUAAUACCGUUAAAGCCGAGGUAGUUGCCUGUGCUCGUGGAUUGUACGAUGUGACAUUCGUUCCGCAAACUACUAGUACUCAUUACGUGAACAUUAGUUUCAACGAUGACAAUGUACCAGGAAGUCCAUUCAAGUGUCCAGUAGUUAGUACCAUGUUGGAUGGUCCAUCCAUAAUUCGCGUUGGCAAUACAGCUUACAUGGACUUGGAAAUGUCGGGAUUAGAAGGCCCUGUGUCCGCUGAAGUUACCGGUCCUGAUGGCAUCAUUAUUCCAUGUACCUUGACAAAAUUAUCAUCCCAUCUAUACCGAGUUGAAGUUCGAACGCGACAGGUUGGAACAUACAGCGUCAUUUUCAGCGACGGUCAUAAGAUUAUUAGUUCUCAAACGCUUCAAGCUUUCGAUCCUGGGAAAGUAACUAUCAAAGAAGUGUCGGACGUCGUGUGUCAUCGUCCUGGAACUAUCAUAGUGGUUGCGUCGAAAGAAGCUGGACCAGGAAAGCUGUGCGUGAACGUACGUGCCGCUGGCUCGGAUGUUGACAGCGUAGUCAGAGAAGGAGAGAAUGGCUUUUACGAAAUAGUGUUUCAUCCAACGCGAGCAGCUCCUCACAGAGUUCACAUAAAGUACAACGAAGUUCACAUUACAGGAAGUCCGCUUGAUGUAACUGUUCGAAGUCCUACCGGUGGAAGAGAAGUAACCGCAACAGGAUUGGGACUGUACCAAUCGUGUGUUGGCAAAGUGACUUCGUUUACGAUCGAAACAUUAGGUCGUCCGGGAAAAGAAUUCGACGUUGUAAUCAGUGGGCCACAGGGUAAUGCUGUUCCAGUUCGAUGUUACCAGCACCGCGAUGGAAAUUUACUCGCUGAAUUUACUACAAACACCGUCGGAACGUAUAAGAUCGACGUUUUACAAGGUGCCAAGCCAGUUUUGGGUUCGCCGUUUUUCUGUCAAGCUUUCGACGUUUCCAAAGUGAAACUGCAAGAACUGGGUCCUAUGACAGUGUCCGUGCACGAUCAUAUUGCAUUCAAGAUAACGAAAACAGACGCUGGAAUGGCAGAUUUGGAUGUGACUGCCACAAGUCCACUCGGCCAAGAGCUCCCGCUACAGGUUACACCGUUAAACGAUGGUGCUGAAAUGGUAGAAUUUUCUCCUAGCGUACCUGGUACCUAUAUGAUCAACAUCACGUACGGAGGAUGCCCUAUACUCGGUAGCCCACUGGUCUGCACGGUGGAUGCCGCUGGACAAGCUCGCGCAAAAGGCGAAGGUUUGUUAAGUGGUCAUGUGGAUAAAGCGGCACAUUUUAUCGUAACCGGCACAAGAAGUCCCCCAGCAGUUCAAGUGGACGGUCCUGAUAGUGUUUCGAAAGCGGUUGUCGAAGCAGGAGCUAAUCCAGGCACCUGGAACGUAUCUUACAACCCAUCUGAAGUUGGUGUGUUUGAUAUUAGAGUGGUCUCUGCUGGACAACAACUACCAGGAUCUCCUUGGCAUCCAAAAAUCAUAGACACACGAAAUCUUCGCGUAAUUGGUGGUUGGCCGGCUGUAUGCGACGAUAUUGGACGUUUGAAAUUACACCCGUCGAACAAAAUUAGCUUCGACACCGCUGAAGCUGGUCCAGGCGAACUUACCGGAAAGAUAGGCGAUCAAACGUUAUCGUUUGAAAUGACUUCGAAUAAUAGACUGAAGCUUAUUCCACCACAAAUAAACGGUGGUGAACAUCGUUUAGAAAUAUUAUUUAACGGUGUACCAUUUCCAGGAGCACCGAAAUUAGCUAUAGUUCAAGAUUUAGAGCCACCGGUACAGGACACAAGUCGUGUAUUGUUGAGGGGUAGGGGGUUGACGUCGGCGAAAUGCGGAGAAGAAGUUAGUUUUACGAUAGACGGAUCUCAAGCUGGUAACGGAACGCCGAAGGUUCAACUUUUCUCGCCGACCAACGAACUAAACGUGAUGCUACAACAUUUAGAAUUAUGUAUUUGAUUUCACGCGCGCAGGGGACUCUGUUUAUCGUGCAAGUUACAUACCUCUAACUCCCGACCCUCUGUUAAUGACCGUGUCUUGGAACGGAAGACAGUUGAAAGGAUGUCC